CACACACACACACAAACCGUGUUUCAGUAUCCAACGAUUAUAUUCUUCUUUCUUUUUUUUUUUUUAUUUUUUAAAUUUCUCAUCUGUAAAACCCCCAAAUUUCUGAAACCCUAAUUAAUUAAUUCAAUCAAAAUCCAUGGCUACAGCACCCCACAAUAAUCUCAACGCUAAAUUGGUUUUGCUUGGAGAUAUGGGAGCUGGUAAAUCAAGUCUUGUAUUACGUUUUGUCAAAGGUCAAUUUCUUGAAUUUCAGGAAUCGACGAUCGGAGCGGCGUUUUUUUCGCAAACAGUAGCGGUGAACGACGCAACGGUGAAAUUUGAGAUAUGGGAUACAGCUGGACAAGAAAGGUAUCAUAGUUUGGCUCCUAUGUAUUAUAGAGGUGCUGCUGCUGCUAUUAUCGUCUACGAUAUCACUAGCUCGGAUUCGUUUACACGGGCUAAGAAGUGGGUUCAAGAACUUCAAAAGCAAGGUAACCCUAACAUGGUUAUGGCUCUUGCUGGCAAUAAAGCUGACUUGGAAGAGAAGAGGAAAGUAACUGCAGAAGAGGCACGUGUAUAUGCUGAUGAGAAUGGUCUAUUUUUCAUGGAGACAUCUGCCAAGACUGCUGCUAAUGUUAAUGAUGUAUUCCAUGAAAUAGCUAAGAGGCUCCCUAGAGCUCAGCCUACCCAAAAUCCAGCUGGGAUGGUUCUUGUUGACAGACCAGCUGAAGGAGCUCGUGCUGCAUCGUGCUGUUCAUAAGUCUGUUUCAAUUGUAAUAAUGGUACACACGUGGAAGCUAUCUACAAUUUCGUGGAAUCUGGUCAUGCUCUAUUGUCUGUAACCGGGUUUGAUUGCAUUUCUUGUUUUUGUAAAUGAUGUGAAUUGCAAAUGACUUGUACCAGUAAUCCUUAUUCUUAUCAUAAAUAAGAUAAUGUGUUGAUGCUUUGCUC